AUCUUUUAAUUACAGUGAAGUUUGCCGGUGUGAAGCGUCGCAGUUCAUACCCUCGUGUAUUUUUUUUUUUUUUUUUAAUGAAAUUUAUUUUUUAUUUUACAUUUUACUUACAUGUAUAUUUCUGUCAAAAUUCCAGCCAAUCGUUGAUCAAUUAUAUGUUUCUUCUCGUCAGACGGUGUAAGUCUAUUAUGUCACGCUUAUAAUGUGAAAAUCAGUGGUACUAUUUUUAUAAAGAUUCAUACACGCAUUGUUCACAAAGUAGUUCUGCAAUGCAUUCACGAAGGAAUGACUGUCAAAUUUGUAGAGAUAUCAAAGGUAAAAAAAAAAAAAAAAAAAAAAGAAGAUAAAAAUGUGAAUUAUGUUAUCCUUUUUGCACUAGUUUUAACAAGAGGAUGCAGAAUUAAAUACGCAAUGCUAAAUCCUUUCUGUUAAUUAUUAUUGGGUCCAUCAUUGAAUAAUUAUGGCCCCAUUCGGAUAAUUACCCAGAGCAACCCACAUUCUGUCCCAGGUUUCCACCUAAAGUAUCACAAAUAUCAACAAUACACCUAUGUGACAGUGACCAUUAACUUAAUGAGUUCAAUACUUUCUGGCAAUUAUGGUUUGUUAUGCAACAAGUUUUUUAAUUUCACUAAAGUCUUUAUAGUAUUGCUCCAUUGAAAGUGCACUGUGAAAUCACUUUCUUUCUUCCCAAUCUUACACCCUAUACAUCUAUCUUUAAAAUUAUAUGUAAACUUGUACUUUUGGAAUAAGAUAUCAUUGUAUGCCUCUUCAUAAAAUAAAUAAAUAAUACAUUACUCAGGACUAUGUUACACGUGUAAUUUUUCGCCGAAAUCGAAUCCUGGACCGCCCUACUCCGAAACGAGUAUCCUAAUUCACAAUCAAUUAAAAAAAAACCCUGCUGACUUGCAAAAGAAAACAAAGAGUGAGAUGGUGCAUGUACAUAUGUGUGCUGACUUAAACACGUGUUACUUUAAACAUUAUCCAGCUAUAGAGUGUAAUUUGUAAGCUAGAAAUUAUAAUGUGCACUGGAGUAUCGAUCUGAAAACCGCACAAUUACACAUAUGUACUUCGUGAUCAUGUGUGUAUUCGUUCUGAACUGUGCAGUUAUUAGAAUCCCGCAGUGCGAGAUCGAAGCUGCCGUUUUUGCUCUACAGAUGACAGAAAGUGGGUUUAGUCAACCCACCACUACGAACCCCGGAUGACGAUUCCAUGCUAAACCGAUUAAUCGCUCUCCAAAGGUAAACAUACCUGAGAUCGUGUCGUACCUGUUAGGCAUGUCUGGUUGGUUGGCUUUUUCACGCAGGUAUCGACAUUCAUUGAACUUUUAAGUGGACUCAAGAAUUGAGAGUUUGUCUUUUACAGAAGGUUUUGGACGUCUGUGUAUACAUAUUGGAAUAUCUAUAUCUGCCACUGUUAUCGUGUAUUCAGAUUUAUCUACAAUCAUGGGCAACCACACCUAUCGGGUUGUAUACAAUGUGCUGAUUAUGGUGGUCUGUGCGUUUACGAAGGGAGUAUUUAGCGGUCCAUGUCGGCCAGUCGUAACUCAUGUGUUGUGGUGUAAUGGAAGUGAAGUUAACCAGACUUUUAUUGAUAUGUAUUUGAAAGAUACCAUUACAGGGGACUUAACGGAAAUCCAUAUCACGAACGGCAAUUUCAGCGAAUUACCGGCCAAUGCGUUCAGUGAUUGUGCCUCCAACUCCAGUGCCAAGUUAAACAAGUUGACAAAACUGGUACUGUCGAAUAACAACAUUACCAAAAUCCACGGCAAGACAUUCCACUGCAUGCCGAAUUUACAAAAACUUUUCCUAGAUAGAAAUAGAUGGUCCCUUGAAAACGACGUACAACAUGCUGGAUACUUGAAUAAUUUACCCAAUUUAGUGGAACUGGACUUUACAUCCACGUUUACUGUGUCGUCAGCAGGUCUCCACAUUAUACGCCUCGGACGAGUACUGAAUAACAGCAGCCUUACCAAGCUGGAAACACUGCGGCUCGGUUACAAUGACAUGCAAUUUGUACCUACUGCAUUUGGGAAAGCUCUGUGUACCAUGGACAGCUUGAAGCAUAUAAACUUGCAAGGAAAUAGCCUGUACAGACUGGAGUUUACUGACUGUUUUCAGAAGUCUAAACAGUUGGAAAAAAUAGACUUAUCACAUAACGCCCUCUCCACGCUGGACAAGCGAAGCAUGGAUGUAUUUGAUUUUAUGACAUCCUCUAACAAAAGAGUUAACUUGACCGUAAACCUUCUGUAUCAACAAUGGUCAUGUGACUGCAAUAUUAAACCAUUCAAGGCAUGGAUAGACACCACGAAAGUUCAUUUAAUGGGGAGGGAAAAGUAUAGGUGUCAUGACGGGGCGAAUUUCAAUAAAACCAUCUUCCACCUGUCGGAUGCAGAAAUGGCCUGCAAGACAGACGACUCCGUUCAGCCUGGAGUAGUGGUCAUGAUUGUUUUGUUCGUCAUAAUCGCCGUGGCCUUGAUUGCAGCCUUAGUACUCUACAGAAACCGUCUGACAUCAUUUGCACAUGGCGUCAGGAAAUCCUUAACGCGAGAGAGCCACGUGCAAUACUCCUCCGUAGACAACGCCCCUCUUACCGCGGAAGCUUGAUUCUCGUAUGAUCAAGUUGAAAGAUGGUCUACUUGCUCUGUGCAUUUCCCAGCAAUUUUUCCAGCGGGCGCAUAGGUGCCAUGUGUGUGAUAUUUUCCCUUGUGUAUACAUGCUAGGCUUGAAUAGAGAGUUUUUAACUAACAGUUGGUAAUUGAUAGUUAUUUUUUUAUGCAUGCAAAUGUAUACACGUACCGUUAGAGAUAACAAUAUCUACACUGUAGCUUGCACCUAACCGAACUGAAAAAGAAAAACAAAACAUAUAUAAGAAGAAUAUGAACGUACAGAAGUAUACUCAACAUAAGUGUACACAGACCGCUAUCUGUUAGUCCUAGAUUUUUGUUCUUAUAGAAAGAAGAAGAAAAAACCUCGCGUACAUACGCUUAUGUAAAGUAGGUGAUCAUGCGUUUGAACUUGAGCGUUUUUGUUAUUCUAGUAUGUUUAGUAGAACACCUGUAUCUGACUUGUUACAGGUGCACAAUGUAUAUCAUAUCUUUCAUCGUAAUACUUUUAGGUAAGGUAACCAUUGUGAAUGCACUGUGGGUAUAUGAAGUUUUGCUCAGCGCUGAGUGCAUUAAAUCUCUACGGUCUUCAGAUGGCGGAUUAAAUUAUAUUUAUGAAUUAUUAAACCACCGUUCGAAUGUUACGUUAGUGACUGUCCGUAAUCCAAUAAAAAAAAAUAGAAGUGCAUUAUGGACAGAAGAUGAGCCAAACGAUUAGUUAUAUUGUACGCUCAAUAUUUAGUUUGCAUCAUUGCUUCUCGUGCAUGUUCCUUAUAUUGCCUCCAGCAGUGUUCAGAUUAUACGUGUCUGAUUGGUUAGAUAUUUUGUAUGUCCAAUUCCUAUACAUUUCUUUAUAUGAUAUAUGUUCAUUUACAUAAUGUUUUUGAAAAAUAUAUAUUUUUCCACUCUAUUUUUCUUGCAUAAAGUGUAUUUUUGUAUACGAUUUUCCUCCAAUAAAUUAGCUUUGAUGAUA